AUGACGAAAAGAAGACCAACGACGAAAUCGCCCCUAGCUAAAGACGCGUCCGCCUCGAAGCUCAAGCAAGAUCAACCGCUUCGCACCAUCUCUCGCUUUUGGCGAAGGGAGGCCGGCACUACCCCCGUCAAUAGGAAGGGAGAGAAGCGGUACGACGGGAGUCUGCUCAAGGCCCUAUUGAACACGUUCUUCUGGCACUGGUGGGCCAGCGGAUGCAUGAAGCUCUGCGCGGACACGCUGAACACGACGACGCCUCUUCUCAACAAGCACCUCCUCUCCUGGCUCUCGCUCUCGUACACGUACGCCGAGCUCUCCGAAGCUGAGCGGGCUGACGCCUUCAAGCCGCACGGUGUCGGUUACAGCAUAGAGCUCGCGUUCGCGCUGUCAUCGGCACCGUCUUCCGCAAGUCGCUUCGCCUGUCAGGACCACUCCGUUGGCCAGAUCACGACGAUGAUCUCCACCGAUUCGUCACGGAUCGACCGUGCCUCCGCCAUGGUGCACAACCUCUGGUUCGGGCGGAUCCAGAUCGUGAUCGGCGUCGCGCUGCUCAUCAACAACUUGGGGUACUCGGCGCUGGUAGGACUCGCAGUCCUUCUGCUCGCCUUUCCGGUACAGCUUCUCCUCGUCCGCGUCAUGUUCCGGAUGCGCCGGCAAGGGGUGCAGAUCACCGACAGUCGCGGCAUUCGGCUCGUGAAGCAGUACGCCUGGGAAGCGUUUUACGCGCGCCAGAUCAGCAGCCUCCGUGGAUCGGCCGCUAUGCAGCACGAUUUGUAA